AUUCAGAGAUCCACUCUGCUCUUCUUCUUCUCUCCAUCUUGAGUUGAAUCGAUCAAAACCCAUCACCGGAAAAUGAAUUAUAUGGAUUCAAAGAUGCAGCAGCAUGGCCUACUUGGGUCAGAAUCUGAUUCUCAAAGAACCCUGUACCCAUAUGUCACUGGGACAUCAGUGGUGGCUUUGAAGUACAAAGAUGGGAUACUGAUGGCUGCUGAUAUGGGAGGCUCCUAUGGUUCCACUCUACGAUACAAGACUGUUGAGAGGAUGAAGGCCAUUGGCAAGCAUUCCCUUUUGGGUGCUAGUGGAGAAAUAAGUGAUUUUCAGGAAAUUUUACGUUAUCUUGAUGAGCUUAUCUUGUAUGACAAUAUGUGGGAUGAUGGCAACUCCUUAGGGCCUAAAGAGGUGCACAACUACUUGACACGGGUGAUGUACAACAGACGUAACAAGUUCAAUCCACUGUGGAACUCCCUUGUACUUGGUGGGGUCAAAAAUGGACAGAAGUAUCUUGGAAUGGUGAGUAUGAUUGGGGUAAAUUUUGAGGACAAUCAUGUUGCAACUGGCUUUGGAAAUCACCUUGCACGACCAAUUCUUCGAGAUGAGUGGCAUGAGAACCUGAGUUUUGAAGAUGGUGUUAAACUAUUGGAGAAGUGCAUGCGCGUGCUUCUCUAUCGCGAUAGGUCAGCUGUCAAUAAGCUUCAGAUUGCAAAGAUUACAGAAGAAGGUGUGACAAUUUCACCACCAUAUUCAUUGAAGACCUUCUGGGGGUUCUCAGCAUUCCACAAUCCAACAGUUGGUGCUGAAGGAUCUUGGUAGCUAUCUUACCUAGCAAGAAAUUGGGUGGAAUUUCCUUGCGAAAUACUCGCAUGGUGUUGAAAGGAAUCCGUCAACCAAUCAAGAGUCUAGGACUCGGAUUAAAAAAAAUUCUCUGCAUUGUUGUUUUAGAUGGUGGAUUGAAACCUUUGAUACAUCUUUAUGUUUUGUGAACUAUUAAGUCUGAGGUUGAUUUAUUAUCUUGGUUUAUGGCAGAACUCUGGUUUCCAAUUUAUCUUUCUUAUUUGAAUGCAUGUGCCGCAAUUAAACAUCUGGUAUACGC